GAGGGGGCUGCUGCUUCGCGCCCGCCUGGCUUGUUGGAAGGAAGGUCGCGCGCGUGUCCGGGGAGCCGGAGUUGCUGCGCGCCUGCCUUGCGCGCCGGGCGGCUGCUGCCCGGAGCUGAGCGCAGCCGCUCCCGGCGGCAGUCUCGUGCCAGGGGAGCCGGGCUCUGUGUGUGUGUGUGUGUGUGUGUGUGUGUGUGAGUGUGUGAGAGAGAGAGUGACAAAGGGUUCGAGCGGGCAGCGCAAGAAGGGGACCGACUCUGUGUCGCCGGCUCCUCCGUCGGGGGAGCGGGGGAGCAGCUCCUGGAGCCUCCCGCGGGAGAAAGCGCUGCUGGCGGAUGGGGGCGUGUGGAAGGGGCGCCCCCCCCCGACUUGCGCCUCGCGUGUGUGUGUGUGUCUGUGGGAGAGUCUCGAUGCCCGGGCGCGGCGGAGGAGCAGAGGCACGGGCAGAGGGGCGAGCGACGCGGCGGGGCUUGCGCCGGCACCAGUGGAGCGGGGAGUUGGGGGCUCCUCCUCGGGGCUGCCUUGCUCCCACCUGGGGGACCUCCCUGCCCCCCGCCCGCCCGCCCGCCCGCCCGCUUUAUUCUCAGAAGGAGAAAUAAAGGAGAAUAAACAAACCCAAUAAAAGGACUGUGGCUGAGCCGUGGAGGGGGGGGGGAACGCGUGUUCCCGGGGACGGGCAGUGCUUCGUUCGGGCCAGAGGAGCACCUCUUUCGGCGGGUCUGCGUCCCUCCCGCUCCUCCGGCUGGAAACUGCGCCUCGCGCGGCUCUUGCGGGUGAGGUCGGCGCUUCUGGACCUCGUGGAGGAGCUCCUCGCGUGUAAAACUCGCCGCCGCCGCCGCCUCCUCUCGCCCUCCCCGCGCGCGCAACAAGCGUCGUCCUCCCGCAAAGUAAUAAGAAGAAAGCCCCCCCCCCCGCCGCGCGCGCGCUCCAAGUCGCGAUCGCUUCCUCGCUCCGGUUCUUACUGGGCACACGAUGCGCGGAGCGAGGAAAUCCGACCCACCAAGAAGCCAGCUCCAGACCGUGCGGCAGAAAGACUCCCUCAUGCCUAGACCCCGGGAGCAUUAUGGAUUUGACUAAGAUGGGUCUGAUACAGCUCCAGAACCCCAGCCAUGCCACGGGGCUCCUGCAGAAAGCAAACCAGAUGCGCCUGGCAGGGACCUUGUGUGACGUGGUGAUCCUGGUGGACAGCCAAGAGUUCCACGCCCACCGGACUGUGUUGGCUUGCACUAGCAAGAUGUUUGAAAUCCUGUUCCACCGCAACAGCCAGCAUUACACCUUGGACUUCCUCUCGCCAAAGACCUUCCAGCAGAUCCUGGAGUACGCCUACACGGCCACCUUGCAGGCCAAAGUAGAAGACCUGGAUGACCUCCUCUAUGCGGCUGAAAUCCUCGAGAUCGAGUACCUGGAGGAGCAGUGCCUGAAGAUCCUGGAGACCAUCCAGGCAUCGGAAGACAACGAUGCCGAAGUCAACAUGGCCGACGGCAGCACUGAAGAGGAGGAAGACCGGAAGUCCAAAUACAUCAAGAACAUCCUCAUCUCUAAGCAUUCCAGUGAAGAAAGCGGCUACUCCAGCCUGGCCAGCCAGAGCCUCACGGGGACAAUGGUGGAACAGAGCCCCUCUGUGUCCACCUCCUUUGGACUCUCUGCCAUGAGCCCCACCAAGACUGCCGUCGAUAGCCUGAUGAGCAUUGGACAGUCGUUGCUGCAAGGUGCCCUGCAGCAGAGCGCCCCCGAGGACCCGCUCUCGGCCAGCAGCCGCCACCCGAGCGCCCCUGAGGUGAAGACGGAAGCCAUGCAGGUGGAGGAGGCCUCCAGCCACGAGAGCCCCCGGGCGGCCGACCUGAGCACUUCUCUUGGGGACAAAGCGGAUGACAAGGGCAAGCAAGGCCCCGGCACCCCGACCCGCAGCAGCGUCAUCACAAGUGCCCGGGAGCUUCAUUACACCCGGGAUGAUAACACAGAGCAGCCUUCCGAAGGGGUCCAAGGAGCACCAGUUGGACCCGAGCUGCUGGUUUCUCACGGCGAGAAGCCGAUGGGCAUCUAUUCUAUGAUUCCCAACCACAAAAGUGACUCCAUGCUCAGCCUCCCCUCCUCCAUGGCACCUGCGCUGCACGUGCAGCCGGCUCUUGCGGUGUCCAUGGACUUCAGCGCCUACGGGGGGCUCCUUCCCCAAGGCUUCAUCCAGAGAGAACUGUUCAGCAAGCUCGGGGAACUGGCUGUGGGUAUAAAAACCGAAAACCGAGCCAUGGGUGAACAGUGCAGCGUCUGUGGGGUAGAACUGCCGGACAACGAAGCCGUUGAACAACACAGGAAACUGCACAGUGGAAUGAAGACGUACGGGUGUGAAUUGUGCGGGAAACGGUUCCUUGAUAGCUUGCGCCUUAGGAUGCACUUACUGGCUCAUUCAGCAGGUGCGAAAGCUUUUGUGUGUGACCACUGUGGUGCACAGUUCUCAAAAGACGAUGCCCUGGAGACUCACAGGCAGACACACACUGGCUCCGACAUGGCUGUCUUCUGCCUGCUCUGCGGGAAGCGCUUCCAGACGCAGACGGCCUUGCAGCAGCACAUGGAAGUCCAUGCCGGGGUGCGCAGCUACAUCUGCAGUGAGUGCAACCGCACCUUCCCCAGCCACACAGCCCUCAAGAGGCACCUGCGCUCCCAUACAGGUGACCACCCAUACGAGUGCGAAUUCUGUGGCAGCUGCUUCCGGGACGAGAGCACCCUGAAGGGCCACAAGCGCAUCCACACUGGAGAGAAACCCUAUGAGUGCAACGGCUGCGGCAAGAAGUUCAGCCUCAAGCACCAGCUGGAGACCCACUACCGCGUCCACACAGGCGAGAAGCCCUUUGAGUGCAAGCUUUGCCACCAGCGGUCCCGAGACUACUCUGCCAUGAUCAAGCACCUCAGGACCCACAACGGCGCUUCUCCCUACCAGUGCACAAUCUGCCUGGAGUACUGCCCCAGUCUCUCCGCCAUGCAGAAGCACAUGAAGGGCCACAAGCCGGAAGAGAUCCCCACCGACUGGAGGAUAGAGAAGACCUAUCUGUACCUUUGCUAUGUCUGAAGGGACAAAGGAGGGCGGAUGCAGCUGGGAAGGGCUGGGCCACAGCAACCCCCUGAAUCAUGUCUGGCCUUCUCUCCUCCUCCUCCUCCUCCUGCUCCUCCUGCUCCUGCUCCCUCCUCUUCUCUUUCUGUUCCGUUCCUGUUUGCUAUGGGUUUCCUUGUCUCCUUUCUGGCUUGCCUGGCCCUGGGAGGAAAGGAGGCAACACCUCUUGGGUUCUCGGGCCCAACCCAAGGGGAGAGAAACCUAUUGAAACCAAGCCCAAGGCACCUGCUA